AUGUCCAUUGAUCUCAACUGGGAAACCGUCACAUCUGGCCCUGACGGAAUUGCCUUGGCGGAGACGAUCCGCACGUUCAUACAUGACAGAUUCCAGACAGUGACGUUACCCCGGUUCAUUAAGUCGGUCAAGGUCCACACAUUUGAAUUCGGGUCGGUGGCCCCGGAGAUAGAGCUCAAGGACAUCUGUGACCCAUUGGCGGAUUUCUACGAGGAAAAUGACGAGGAGUCCGCCUCUGAUGAGGAGGCGGGAGGUGAUGAUGUAGGAUGGAAGCCACCCACCACCACCCCUGAAGCCCGCACUCUUAGGGAGAGACGGCGAACCGACAGAGAGGCGCGUUCCAGCCGACCGCCUCAUGACAGGAACUCUGCCCUUUACGCUGACACACGGUUUACUGGGAGUCGAGGUCUGCAACCUUCAGAGCAGGGAAAUUCAUUCUUCGGCCCACACACCCCCGGCAUAUCAGGAGGUACUUCAAAUCUUAACUACUUUCAUUCCCAUCUUGCUUCUGGCCUCUCGGGGACUCAGACCCCUCUUGCAGCGGUGGCGGGGGCACACCUUCCUCAUGGCUGGCCGGAUCGCAGCGCCCAAUUAGGAAAUCGCAGAAUCAGCCACCGUCACUCUGCAAGUGGCAGUUCCAUGGCCCCCUCCAUCGGGGAUGCUGCCCAACAGGCCUUGGAGCGGGGGAGCGUGUCGACAUUCUCGCCACCUGGCACACGUCCUCCCACGCAGGAUGGUCUGCUGAACGAAGCCAUCGACGACGAGCCAACCUCACCGCCCCGUCGUUUCAAGGAGCCCCGUGUCGAAGACCUGCAGACCGUCUUCCGCGUCCGUUACUCCGGCGACAUCAGGCUGUCACUCACUGCGGAGAUCCUGUUGGACUAUCCCAUGCCCAGUUUUGUCGGAAUCCCUCUGAAACUCAACAUUACCGGGCUCUCAUUCGAUGGCGUGGCAGUGCUGGCAUACAUUAGGAAGAAGGCCCACUUUUGUUUUUUGUCACACGAAGAUGCGCUGAAUGCCAUUGGGCCCGAAGAUUUGGAUGACCCUGCGGGCACCCCCAACGGUCUCAAGAUGGGGGGACUCCUACAGGAAAUCAAGGUCGAGAGUGAGAUCGGCCAGCGGGAGAACGGAAAGCAGGUUCUGAAGAAUGUGGGCAAGGUCGAGAAGUUUGUCUUGGAACAGGUCAGGCGCAUCUUUGAGGAUGAAUUUGUAUACCCCAGCUUCUGGACCUUUCUGGUCUGA